CAGGACCCACAGCCAUAGCAGCCUGUGGAGGUGUGCUCAACCCUUGUAAUUCCUGUUGUCUAGAAUCGUUUUUUUGAAAUUUCGAAUAAUAAUGCUUAAGACUUUGCUCACAUUCAAGUAACACCGAGGUUUCAUUUAAGGGGGGUUUAGGCGAAGGAGUGCCAGAAAACGUUUGGCCUUACAGUGAUCAGCUGAAGAGUAACCAUGGCUACCACAGAGGAGUCAAGCUCACCAGAGGGUAAAGAACACCGCGGCUCAGCAGACCCGGAUGGGAAAUACCCAAUGAAGGUGCUUUACUGUGGAGUGUGCACCUUGCCUACAGAGUAUUGUGAGUACAUGCCAGAACCAGCUAAAUGCAGACAGUGGCUGGAGAAGAACUUUCCAAAUGAGUUUGCAAGGAUGACGCUGGGUAAGGAUAAUGUUCCAAGGCAGGAGCCAAAGGCUGGGGAUGCCCCUUUUGUUGGAGAGGAGGAGGAGAAGAAGAAGCAGAAGAGAGGUGGACGAGGACAGAUCAAACAGAAGAAGAAGACUGUUCCCCAGAAAGUCACAAUAGCGAAAAUCCCACGUGCUAAAAAGAAAUACGUCACACGAGUUUGCGGCCUAGCGACUUUCGACAUAGAGCUUAAGGAAGCUCAGAGAUUCUUUGCGCAAAAAUUCUCCUGUGGUGCCUCAGUAACAGCAGAGGAUGAGAUCAUCAUUCAGGGUGACUUUACAGACGACAUCAUCGAUGUCAUCCAAGAAAAGUGGCCUGAGGUGGACGAUGACAGCAUUGAUGAUCUCGGAGAAGUCAAGAAGUGAAGACCCAACAUGCACUUUUACUGAAAUGGAUGCGAUGUGACACAACAACUUGGCCAAAUGUACACAUUCACAUUAAAGUCAUUUUAUAUCUAUUUUAUUUACUGUAUAGAGAGUUGGUCGGUGGACCUGGCCACUUCCUUGGCAUUUUUCUUUUGUUUCAGUUCUCGAUAGCUGCUUUCUUUCUUGGUUGCCAAAGGUCUGCUAUUAUGUGAACAUCUUACACAACUUAGCUCACUUCACCUCGCAAACUGUAGGCUAAUAAAUUUUUGCUGUCAGUA